AUGUCGUCCGAAACUCCUUUCGUGACCCCCGACACUGAGGRGCGGCCCUCAGUUCAUGUACCGCCGGCCGAGGUACCCAAGCACAUUCGCGCAGUGUGCAACUCAGAGACGUACAAGGUCAAAGCACGAACUCUUAUAAUAUGCCUCGAUGGAACUGGCGACAAAUUCGAUGGCGACAACUCUAACAUCGUUCAUAUUGUCAGUUGUUUGAAGAAAGAUGWUCCGUCUCAAGUCGUGUACUACCAAUCUGGUAUUGGAACAUAUGACGGUGGUGGUUUGAGCAAUGGACUCAACGCUGCAAUGGAUAUGGCCGUUGGAAGUGGUCUGGGAGUCCAUAUCAAAGACGCCUACAUGUUCCUGAUGCAAGCGUAUAAUGAAKGGGACAAGAUAUGUCUGUUCGGCUUCUCUCGAGGCGCUUAUACUGCAAGAUGUCUAGCGGGAAUGAUCCAUAAAGUCGGACUUCUCCCUGCACACAACGUCUCACAGGUCCAAUUCGCCUACGAGUUCUACAAAGACGACAGCCCAGCAGGAUGGAAGUCCAGCCGUGACUUUAAGAAAACGUUCUGUGUUGAGGUCAACGUCCACUUCGUCGGUGUCUUCGAUUCAGUCGCUUCCGUAGGACUCAUCCCUCGAAAGCUCCCCCUGAGCAGCACACCCACCAACAGACCACUAUACUUCCGCCACGCAAUGGGUCUCGAUGAACGAAGAGCCAAGUUCAAGAUCUCUCGAUUCCAGUACCGCGAUAGCGAAACAGAUGGUUGGAAAGUUGCUGCUGUACACAACACGCCCAGCAGAGGAAUCGCCGCUCUCCACCAGCAACAACGGGGCCAAGCUGCACGAAAUAGUCCAGAUCUAGGUGCAAACCAUGACCAUGCCAACGGACAUGAACACGAGCGAGUAGCGUCACCGACAUCUGAAACUGACGUUCUUGAAGUCUGGUUCACGGGCUGUCACGCAGAUUGUGGAGGAGGAGCUGUAAAGAAUGAAGUACGCCACAAGCUUUCGCAGAUUCCUCUCCGCUGGAUGAUCCGACAAUGUUUCGAGUGCGACACUGGAAUCAUCUUCAAUACACAUCGUCUCGCAGAGGAAGGGAUGGAUGUUCAUACCCUGUGGCCGAAAUAUGUAAGUCUUGGUCGACCUACGGAUGAUCCUCCAAAGCAUUUGAGAGAUAAAUACAAUGCUGGAGAAAUUGAACCUCGAAUCAAAAGAGCUACUUCUGCUUUGGAAGACCACGGUGCUCACGACAACGAUAAUGGGGAUGAAGGAGUUUAUAAGUUGAAGAUCUGGCAUGAUGAUGAGAAGGAGCAGCUCAAUGAGCAUUGGGUACCUGAACAAGUAGAAGACUACUUCGAUGCUAUUUCGCCGCUCAACGACCAGCUUGUAGAUGCAAAGGGCUGGUGGGUGCUGGAGUAUUGGCCGAUCAAAGUCAGAGUUCAACCGAACGAUUCUGACAAUUGGGUCAAGAAAGUGCGAUGUAAUAUGGGACGCUACCGACCUGUUCAAGAGACGAUGMCGAAUUUGCACUGGACGGUCGAGCGCCGAAUCGAAGAGAUGGAUUACCAAGUCAAGGCCCGAGUUGGCAAGAAUGCCAAGUGGCGAGUGGUUGUCUGA